AGACUGAGGGACAAGGGGUCACCCUCCCAGACCCAGGCAGGUCCAGGGCAGGAGGAUGGCAGACGGGGCUGGCGACCCGAGCACCAGAAUGGUGAUGUUUACUUCAUGCCACUGGACAUUGGAUAUAUGCAACUUGCUUUUGACUUUCACACGGGUUCACAACUGAGAAUUUGCCUUGAGUCUCAGGAUGUCCACAGAAGAGCAGAGUGUAGACGACAGUACCAUCUAUGAGGUUAUAUUCCAUCACUUCAAAAGACACAAAGUGGAGAUUUCAAAUGCCAUAAAAAAGACAUUUCCUUUCCUCGAGGGCCUCCGUGACCGUGAACUCAUUACCAAUAAAAUGUUUGAAGAUUCUCAAGAGUCUUGUAGAAACCUGGUCCCUGUACAAAGAGUGGUGUACAAUGUUCUCUGUGAACUGGAGAAGAAAUUCAACCUGGAUUUAUGCGAAGCAUUGUUCAGUGAGGUCAACUUGCAGGAAUACCCUGAUUUAAUUCGUGUUCGUAGAAGCUUUGAACAUGAGGUGAGAAUGCUAUAUCCCCAAGAAGAUAAUGGAGAAGAGAGGCAGGAAAGGCUUGAACAAGGAACGGGGGAGAACUCUUUUCUGCGAAGACUGACCUGGCCACAGCACUCAGAUCCCUCGUCUUACAAUGGUACAGACCUACCCGAAAAUGAACUCUCGGCGCAUCCUUGCGAAGCAGAAGAGAGAAAUGUAAAUAAAAGAGAGCCGGCCCAAGACCCAAAUGGUGCAGUAGGAAGCCACCAAGGAAAUGAGCAAUGCCCCCGAGAGUCAGAGCCAGUAGAGUCCCACCAACACAUGGCUGCCCACGUGGACCGUGGAGAGGCGAGCGUGGGGACACCCAGCCCGUUGCCCCACUGUGUAGAAAGAGCAGAGCUCUCCAGCCAUGGAAUCCACAUGACUUCCUGUUCUGUGCGUCUGGUGGAUAUAAAGAAGGAAAAGCCAUUUUUUCCCACGCAAGUGAAGCAAGGAUCUCAAACCAGGACCAACCAUUACCAGCCAUCCGAAGUAAUAGUCAUCAGCAGUGAGGACGACGCCAGCGACACAGAAGAGCCUGCAGCAAUCUCUAACUCAGCACCGAGGAGCCAUCCUGUGAUCAAAAACCAUGUCCAGUUUGACUUGAGAGAUGAAGAAGAGGCCCAAGAAGCCACUUGCUCAUGGCACCAGGCUGCUCCAGCGAGAGGACAUGACUAUGGCUCUUCAGAAUCCAGUGAGGAGGAGAUACCCUCAGCACUCCGGAUCUCAACACCAACAGAUUCUGUGAGGAUGUCUACUUGGAGGAUACACAGUCAGAAAAGAAGGCACAGCAGUGACAGCUCUUCAGAGCUGAGUUAUGGAGAGGAGCCUCGGGAAGCCCUGAGAAGUGGAUCAGGAACAGGGCAACAAGAGACUGGAAAUGAGAAGUGCUCCUGUGUCCUGUGUUCCCCAAAAGGUGUGCCAAGAGGCCAAGAAGCAACGGUGGAAAGUGGCCGAGCAUCUCACCCAAUAGGCUCAGAAAUACCACAGCUGCUGGGCAGUACUAUGUCAGGAGAGGAAGCUGUAAAAGAUACCACGGAUGUUGGAAACAAUUCUACUUUGGGAAAAGGCAGUGGGGAAAGAAAUAUUUCCAAGCUGCACAACAGAGAUAAAGAAAUGAACAAAAUCUCAUCAACCUUACAUCCUACUGUGGGGAAAAAAAGACUUCAUAAAGUAAACCAUCUCCAAAAAGAAAUAAAGAAAGGCAGACAUAGAUUCCACUCAAUUCAGAAUAAUGCCCUUCAAAGGAAAAGAGGUUGGCCAAAAGGGAGAAAAAGAGUCAACGUUAGACCCUUGAAAAGAGGGAGAAAAAGAGGACCAAGAAUUCCCAGAGAAAAAAAUGUGAAUUUCAACCUUCCUAAACUUCCUGUGACCUGUGGUGAGGCUAAGGGGACUCUCCAUAAGAAGCAAUUUAAGCAAGGGGCCCAGAUGAAGAGCAUAAGGACUGAGGAUGGAAAAUGGCUCACCCCCAGGGACUUCGAGAUCAGAGGAAACCACGCAGCAGCCAAGAACUGGAAGCUAAGCCUGCGCUGCCACGGAUGGACCUUGAAAGAACUGAUAGAGGCAGGGCAUCUACCAAACCCACCAAUAACAAGAAAAAAGAGGAAAACACGGGAGUCUCUCAACAAUGUCUUAGUUGACCCCCAUCAAAAAAACUCAAAUAAGUGCGAAGUAUGCCGCCAAGAGAAACAGCUGGUCUUCUGCAAUACUUGUUCAAGAUCAUACCAUCAGAACUGCCACAUCCCACCAGUAGAUGCUCAGAGGAGCCAGUGGAGCUGCACCUUAUGCAGGACAAAAGCCUGGGAAAAGCACCCAGAAAGCCAACCAUGUCAUCUGGAAUCUGAGGUCUUGAAGAGGCCUAUGCUGCCUGAGGAACAGCUGAAAUGUGAGCUGAUCCUAUUGAAGGUCUAUUGUUAUUCACAAAGUGCCUUUUUUGCCCAAGAACCAUAUUAUACUCAAGACCCCCAGGAGCACAUGUGGUUAAACAAGGUCAAGGAAAGGCUGAAUAAGAAGAAGUACCACCGAGUGGAGGGGUUUGUGCGGGACAUGCGCCUCAUCUUUCUGAACAACAAGGCCUUCUACAGAAACCACAAAUUCAUCCAGCUGCCGCUUAAGAUAGAAGCCAUAUUCGAGAAGUAUUUCAAAAACAUUUUUUCAAUCCAAGAAACAAGCGAGAGCAUCUGUCAGUUUAAGCACAUUAUUAUGUUAACAUAGUCCAUGUCUGUGUACCCCCUGGGGACCCUCUGGUUGUGUCACUAGUGACAUGGUGCUCUGAUGGUCCUCUAUUCACUCUGCCUGUUCCUGUACAAAUAACCUCAUGUCACAAUUCUUUUUUCAUUUUUUAUUAUUGUUAUUGUUCCUUUUUUUAAUAAAACUUAAAACUGUCUUA